AUGCUCUACACAAACGCAACAAUCCUCACCCUCGACAAAACCCGCUCCAUCUACCUCCACACAGGCUCCAUCCUCGUCUCCAACCACACCAUCGCCGCCAUCGGUCCCACAUCCCUCCUCACAUCCCAAUACCCCAACGAACCCCUUCAAGACCUCACCGGCCGCAUCAUCAUCCCAGGCCUCAUCAACACCCACAUCCACACAGCGCAAACUCUCCUCCGAGGCACAGCCGACGAUCUCGAACUAGUCUCAUGGCUCUGCGAAAGAAUCUGGCCCUUGCAAGGAAAUUUCACGGCGGCAGAUGGAUUGUGUGCGGCGAAAUUGAGUAUUGCGGAAAUGUUAUUGAGUGGCACGACGUGUUUUUUGGAAUCUAUGUUUGCGGAUCGUUAUGGGUUUGAGGGCUUGUGUGAAGCGGUCGAGGAGAGUGGCAUAAGAGGCUGUUUGGGGAAAAUUGUUAUGGAUCAAGGGAAAUAUGCGGAUGGAGGGGAGGAGGGGAGGUGGAAAAUGCAUGAGGGGUUGGUGGAGACGAGGGAGCAGAGUUUGGGAGGCGCCGUGAGGAUGUGGGAAGAGUGGGAUGGGAAGGCUGAAGGGAGGAUUCGAGUGUGGUUUGGGGCGAGGACGCCUGGAGGAGUCUCCGAAUCCCUCUAUCAAGAAAUGGCCGAAAUUUCGCGUACCAAAAACAUCCCCAUCACCAUGCACUGCGCCGAAUCACCCACCGACAGCAUCUUCUUCGCGAGUCAAAACCACACAGCAAUUUCCUACUGCACCUCCCUCAACCUCCUCAGUCCGCGCACCGUCCUCGUGCACAUGAUCCACCUCUCGUCCAGCGACAUCCACACCCUCUCCCAAACAGGAACUCACGUCGUACACUGCCCAUCCAGCAAUCUCAAACUGGCCUCAGGAAUCUGCCGCGUGCCCGACUUACUCGACGCAGGCAUCAAUCUCACCCUGGGAACAGACGGAGCACCCUGCAACAACACAAGUUCCAUGUUUUCCGAAAUGCGGCUCGCAGGAAUUCUCCACAAAGUCACCUCUAUGAACCCGACCGUCGUUCCCGCCGAAACCGUGCUCGAAGCAGCCACGAUUAAUGGCGCCAAAGCACUCGGUUUAGAGCAUCUGAUAGGAAGUUUGGAAGUGGGCAAACGAGCGGAUUUUGUCGUUUUGGAUAUGAGAGCGGUACAUCUCCAACCGUGGUUUAAUCCCGUGAGUGCUGUUGUGUAUUCGGCGACGGGGAGAGAUGUGGAAAUGGUCGUGGUGGAUGGGAAAGAAGUUGUGCAAGAGGGGAAAUUGAAGACUUUGGAUGUGGAAAUGGUGUGGAAGGAGGCGCAGUGGAGAGCGAAAGAGGUGGUUCAGAGGGCGGGAUUGAUGGAAAAGGUGGGUGCGAAAUGGCCUGUGGUGUGA